AUGCUGCCGGCCGUUCUCAAGCUCUGCUGUGGGAUCUCCUAUCCUCAUGUGCGCAGUAUGGCAGGUCUGCAGCGUGCAGCUCUUGCUGUGUUCGGUCAGGAGUUCAGAUUUCUGCAGAACAGAUUCAGCUUUCCUGCACGCAGCUCAAUCAGACACACACACAGAUCAGCAGCUGAUGAAGAUGAAGUGUUUUAUCAGAAACAGGGAGAAACGGCUCUGAAUGAAGCUCUGCAGAUCGUGGAGAACAGAGAUGGCUGGAAACUGGAGACGGCGGAGACGAAUGGUGAUGUGAUCUAUAGUAAAGUCCUGACGGGGAACAGGAAGGUUUUCCGCCUGGAGGCUGAUCUGGACGCGACUGCAGAUGAACUUCAUGAUAUUUUGUUCUUCAGGGUGGAGGAGAUGCAUGAGUGGAACCCCAGCAUCAGACGCAUCACGGUUCUGAAACACGUGGGGGGAAACACCAUGAUAACACACGAAGUGUCAGCGGAAACUGCGGGGAACCUGAUUGGCCAGCGGGAUUUCCUGAGCGUCAGACAUUCGUCCAAGAGCGAAUCAUGUGUUUAUCUGGGUGGAGCUGCAACACGGUUCGAGUCUCUGCCGCCUCAGCCGGGCUUCGUCAGGGCUGAAGAUGGACCCACCUGCAUCAUCCUGCAGCCUCUUCAGGACGCUCCGCACCGCAGCCGCUUCAUCUGGCUGCUCAACAUGGACGUCAAGGGGUGGCUUCCACAGUCUCUGGUGAACAAAGCUCUUCCUCGAGCACAGGUGGACUUUACUAAACACCUGCGUCGCCGGCUGACCCAAAACAACAGCAGAUGAAGCUUCAGAGCA